GGAAAAUUCAGCCGCACCCUAUUAUACACCCCUCCAAAUCCAAAGCGGCGGAAUUCAAAAAUCAAAACCCCAAAUCCAACCCGAAACUGCUGCUCCCAUUUAUCUUCAUUUCAAGAAUCCCCGAUCCACUAACCAGCGGUUCGAUCAAACUUCUGACCGACGAAAAGAAGAAGAAGAAGAAGAAGAAGAAGAAGAAAUGUACGUGGUGAAGAGAGAUGGGCGACAGGAGGCCGUAAGCUUCGACAAAAUCACUGCAAAGCUGCAGAAGCUUAGCUAUGGUCUCAGCCCCGAGCACUGUGACCCGGUGCUCGUUUCCCAGAAAGUCUCUGCCGGUGUCUACAAGGGUGUCACCACCAGCCAGCUUGACGAAUUGGCUGCGGAGACUGCAGCCGCCAUGACUACUCACCACCCGGACUAUGCAUCUCUUGCUGCAAGGAUUGCUGUUUCUAAUCUUCAUAAAAGCACCAAGAAUUCAUUUUCUGAGACUGUCAAAGACAUGUACUACCACGUCGAUGAUAAAUCUGGACGAAAGGCGCCCCUGAUUGCUGAUGAUGUAUAUGAGAUAAUCAUGCAGAAUGCUUCUCGUCUCGACAGUGAGAUCAUAUAUGACAGAGACUUUGAUUAUGAUUACUUCGGUUUCAAAACUCUGGAGAGGUCAUACCUCUUAAAAGUUCAAGGAAAAGUUGUUGAAAGGCCACAGCACAUGUUGAUGAGGGUUUCUGUUGGCAUCCACAAGGAUGAUAUUGAAUCUGCCAUCAAGACAUACCAUUUGAUGUCUCAAAGAUGGUUCACGCAUGCAUCUCCAACUCUUUUUAAUGCUGGAACUCCAAGGCCUCAGUUGAGUAGUUGCUUCCUUAUCUGCAUGAAGGAAGAUAGCAUUGAUGGAAUAUAUGACACUCUCAAGGAGUGUGCUGUAAUCAGUAAAUCGGCAGGAGGAAUUGGUUUGUCUGCUCACAAUAUCCGAGCUACAGGGAGUUACAUCCGCGGAACAAAUGGUACAUCCAAUGGGAUUGUUCCUAUGCUGCGCGUGUUCAAUGAUACUGCACGAUAUGUUGACCAAGGUGGCGGGAAAAGAAAAGGGGCUUUUGCUGUGUAUCUUGAGCCUUGGCAUGCAGAUAUCUUUGACUUUCUGGAUUUGAGAAAAAACCAUGGAAAGGAAGAGCAUCGAGCACGUGAUCUUUUUUAUGCUCUCUGGAUACCCGAUUUAUUCAUGAAGAGAGUCCAAACUGAUGGGCAAUGGUCACUAUUUUGCCCAAAUGAGGCCCCUGGAUUGGCAGAUUGCUGGGGUGAAGAGUUUGAAAAACUCUAUAUGCAGUAUGAAAUAGAGGGUAAAGCUAAGAAAGUUGUUAAGGCACAUGAUCUGUGGUUUGAGAUUUUAAAAUCCCAGAUAGAGACUGGAACUCCUUACAUGCUCUUUAAAGAUUCUUGCAAUAAAAAAAGCAACCAACAGAAUCUUGGCACAAUUAAAUCUUCUAACUUGUGUACUGAGAUUAUUCAAUACACAAGUCCAGAUGAAACUGCUGUCUGCAAUUUGGCUUCAAUUGCAUUGCCACGAUUUAUCAGGGAGAAGGGGGUCACAAUUGAGUCUCAACCAUCUAAGCUUGUUGGCAGUUUGGAUUCCAAAAACCGGUACUUUGACUUUGACAAACUGGCCGAGGUCACUGCAGUAAUCACAGCUAACCUGAAUAAAAUAAUUGAUAUAAAUUAUUAUCCUGUUGAAACUGCAAAAAUGUCUAAUUUCCGGCACAGGCCAAUUGGAAUCGGGGUGCAAGGCCUCGCAGACACAUUCAUAUUGCUUGGCAUGGCUUUUGAUUCACCAGAGGCUCAACAACUAAACAAGGAAAUAUUUGAGACAAUAUACUAUCAUGCUCUAGAUAGUUCUUCUGAGCUGGCAGCUAAGGAAGGCCCCUAUGAGUCGUAUGAUGGAAGUCCUGUGAGCAAGGGUAUCCUCCAACCUGAUAUGUGGGAAGUGACCCCUUCAGCUCGAUGGGAUUGGAGUACUCUCCGAACAAGAAUAGAAAAGAAUGGAGUGAGAAAUUCCCUUCUUUUAGCUCCAAUGCCGACUGCUUCAACAAGCCAAAUUCUUGGGAAUAAUGAAUGUUUCGAGCCAUACACGUCUAAUAUCUACAGCCGCAGAGUCUUAAGUGGUGAAUUUGUUGUUGUGAACAAGCAUCUUCUCUAUGAUCUUACCAAGAUGGGGCUUUGGUCACCUGCUCUUAAGAACCAGAUUAUACAUGAGGAUGGAUCUGUGCAAAAAAUCCCCGAGAUUCCCAAAGACCUUAAAGCAAUUUACAAGAGCGUUUGGGAGAUCAAACAAAGAGUUUUGGUUGAUAUGGCUGCUGAUCGUGGAUGCUAUAUAGACCAAAGUCAAAGCCUUAACAUCCAUAUGGACCAACCUAGUUUUGGAAAGCUUACUUCUCUUCACUUCUACACAUGGUCCAGGGGCUUAAAAACUGGAAUGUACUAUCUAAGAACACGUGCAGCCGCCGAUGCCAUCAAGUUUACAGUUGACGCAUCCAUCCUCAACAAGGAAAACCCCAUCACAGGCGCCGAUGAUGAAACAAAAAUGGCACAGAUGGUGUGUUCUUUAACGAACCGUGAAGAGUGCAUGGCAUGUGGAAGCUAGAAGUCCUUUGCCAUUUCUCAGAGCAUAACACUUGUGCUUUUUUACCUGAAGGUUAAAUAUUGUGUACAUAGUUAGGUUAGGGGUUAUGUAAUUCUGCUCAAACUCUUUGUCAUCUUUAAAACAAACUGCUGGACAUGUGAUGAAGCCUAAACUAUUAUAGACUAUAUAUGCAUAGGCUUUCCGAGGGAGAUAGCUCUGUUUGGGGGAGGAAGGAUUUGCCAAAUUCUUUCAUAUAUUUAAGAUUUUAAGGUCCAAAAUAUCACUUCAUAUGAUGCAGUCUUAAAUACUAUUUCCUAUUUUUGUUAUAUCUUAUCUUACUUGUCCUAUAAGGUGAGAUGUAAUGUAGAGGUGUGGUGUUGUAUACCCUAUAAAUACUGGAACCUUCU